AUGAAGUAUGUGGAUCUCUUCAGAGGACUCCAGCCUGUGGAAGGCCUCCUCCUAUUUGUUGGUACACUGGCUUCUAUAGCUGCUGGGGUUCCAUUGCCGAUCAUUGGUCUUUUGUUCGGCAAGAUGGUCGAUGGGUUCAAUCGGCAGGCAUGCGCGUCACGGAGUGGCAUGCCGACUGAUCCCGCCGAGCGCGACGACUUUCUUCACCAGGUAUCGAAUCAUGUUGUUCAGAUCAUCAUUGUUGCUGCCAUUAAUUUUGUGCUCAUCUGGAUCUACACCUGCAGCUGGUCUCUCUUGGGAGAACGCAUCGUGCGUCGACUACGUGAACAGUAUGUCCGUGCUGUCCUAUCGCAAGACAUGGCAUUCUUCGACGUUCUGCCGCCUGGAGAAAUCAGUACGCGUCUUAGCGAGAAUCUCAUUGCCGUGCAAAACGGAACGAGCGAAAAAGUCGGCAUCUUUCUCUCGUCGGUCUCCUAUUUUCUUACCAGCUACAUCAUUGCAUUUGUAUUGCUGCCUGCUUUGGCAGGUGAGCUCGUAUCGCUAAUCCCAGCUUUUCUCAUCGUUUCAUUAGUCGGUGCGCACUUUGUCUCGAAAUUUUCUGCUCAAAUGUCAUCGCAUCUUGGUAAUGCCUCUGGCAUUGCGACUGAAUCGCUCAACAAUGUACGUGCUGUCCAAGCCUUCGAGGCCCAGAAGCCUCUCUGCAAACUGUACAACUCGCACCUGCAUCUCGUCCGAAGAAGUGGACUUUUUCGUGCUUUGUCUGCAGCUACGAUGCUUGGGUGCCUGUUUUUUGUUGCAUACUCGGCGAAUGCGCUUGCUUUUCAUUCAGGCAGCCGUAUGGUGACGGACCGAAUGCGCUCGAACCCAGAUGAUGCGUCAAGUACUGUCGGUUCUGUUUACACUGUGAUUUUUCUUCUCCUUGAUGCUUCGUUUGUUGUCGGACAAAUAGCGCCGUACUUGCAGACGUUUUCUGCGGCCGGCGGAGCGGGCAGCCAACUGCUGUCGACGAUCAGCCAAGAGUCGCCCAUAAACGCGCUGAGUGACACGGGCACGAUGCCGCCCCUCUCCAGUGAGGCUCUCGGCUUCCACCUACGGAAUGUGACUCUCGCGUAUCCAGCACGACCUGACGCCAAGGUGUUGGAUAAUGUCGACCUUGACAUUGAGCCUGGGACACGCGUGGGGAUUUGUGGAUUUAGUGGGAGUGGAAAGAGCACCAUUGUCGCUCUUUUGCAUCGCUAUUACAUGCCAUUAGAAGGGCAGAUCACUUUGCAUGACGAUACCCCUAUCGAUGAGCUCAAUGUGGGCUGGCUUCGAUCACAGAUGGGGCUGGUCGGCCAGGAGCCCGUGCUGUUUGACUGCACGGUACUCGAAAGCAUCGCCCAUGGCCUGCUUGGAAGCUCAUCACAUAACGACGUCCAGGAUGCGAUUCGCUGGCUCUCUCGCUAUGCAUUUGACCAUGCAGUGAUACCCAAGGACUGGAGCCAGCAUUGCCCGUCUGACUUGCGGCCUGGACUCCGGCGCUUACAGGCGCUGUGUGAAGAGGCUGCGCAGCUUGCGCAUGCCCACGAAUUUAUUCUGCAGCUGCCCCAUGGAUAUCUUUCGCGUGUAGGUGACGCUGGUCGUUGCCUCUCGGGUGGCCAAAAACAGCGUAUCGCACUCGCACGCGCGAUUGUGAAAAAGCCACGGAUUUUGAUUCUUGAUGAAGCGACGGCCGCACUCGACUCGCAGAGCGAAAUGGCUGUUCAGACAGCUUUUGAUCGAGUGUCGCAGAACCGCACGACUAUCGCAAUUGCUCAUCGUCUCUCGACUAUCAAGCAUUAUGACAAAAUCGUCGUCAUGGCGCAUGGUAAGGUCAUGGAGCAGGGUACUCAUGCUGAGCUGCUGGCGCUCAAUGCACAUUAUGCAAGUCUCGUACGUGCACAAAGCGAUUACGGUGAGAAUGACGUGGAGCAGGUCUCCACGACGGAAUCGACAGGGGAACAAAAAGUUGCGGCUGUCGAAGACGAGUGUCAAGAAGAUGAUGACAAACAAGAUGUGGUCGAUUCAGCACCCUUGACAAGCAUGGCGUUGCCAUUGCCGACGCAGCCAGUCGUGCCUCCAGCGACAAUGGGUGAUGUCGAGGGCAUUCACCCGCAGGAGCCGGAGCCAAUGUCCGUGCUAAAGACAGAACCUGACCAAAUGAAAAGCCGUCGACUGUCGUACUCACGGUCGCUCGUGCGGCUGAUGCGCUGGGCGCUAAUGAAGUGGCCAUUUGCUGUAGCAGGCUUCCUUGCCUCGGCUGUGAUUGGCGGCGCAUUCUCUGGCGAGGCUGUUUUGUUUGGUCAUGUUAUUGAAGCGCUGAAUCCAUGCAAGCCGGCGAGAGAAGUGGAGCAUCAGUCAGACCUCUUUGCACUGUACUUUUUUGUUCUGGCGAUCAUCGAGCUGUUUUGCUACUUUGUCAGUGGGGCGGCAUUUGGUUUUGUGUCUGAAUGGUUGCUUUUGCGGAUCCGCAAACUCAUGUUUCGUGCGCUAGUGACGCAGCCGCUCGCUUGGUACGAGAGAAAGGACUUGUCGCCGGCGACCAUGAUUGCCAACCUGAGCGCGGACACGAGCAAUCUCGGUGGACUCACUGGGACGGUGGUCGGAACCAUCUUUAGUAUUCUGGUCAACUUUGUGGCUGGUAUCACGCUGGCCCAUAUUGUGGCGUGGCGUAUUGCCGUUGUGAUUUUAGCGACAGUACCGAUUCUUGUGACGGCCGGCUACAUGCGUCUAAAGGUGAUUGCCGAUUUUCAGAAGCGGCAUGAAACCGCAUACGCCAGGUCGACAGCCAUUGCUGUCGAGGCGGCAUCGUGCAUACGCACUGUAGCGGCUCUGGGACGGGAGCGGGAUGUGAUUCAGCUCUUUUCUUACAGUCUCGAGAGGCCGUACCGCGAGAGCAUGCGACAUAUCUUGAUGGGCAAUGCGUGUCUUGCGAUAUCACUGAGCAUUUCUUACUUUAUUUAUGGGUUUGCGUACUGGUGGGGCUCAAAAAACGUGGCGGAAGAGCGAUUUUCGCAGGUUGCCUUUUUCACGGUCUUACCGGCGCUGUUGUUCUCCGCGCAGUCGUCUGGCCAGCUCUUGGCCUUUGCGCCUGAUUUCACAAAAGCACAGGUGUCAGCAUCCAAUAUUUUCUCCAUGCUGGACCAAGCAAAUCAUCCCGUUGACAUGCCUGGCUAUCAAUGGCCUGAUCGACGCGAGCGCCGUCGCCUUAGGCAGCAGCGAAAGCACCAGCAUUAUCUAAAGGACUUGGAGUCCGAGAAAUCCCUCGAACCUGUUGGUGCGCAUGGCCCACUCGCGGUGUCGUUCGAUCAUGUAUGGUUCACAUACCCGGGACGAGAUAAGCCUGCAUUGCGUGAUGUAGUCCUUGAUAUUCCAGCGGGCUCAUUCGCAGCGUUCAUUGGAUGCAGUGGCUCCGGCAAGUCGACGGCAAUGAGUCUGAUCGAGUCCUUCUACGAGCCUACCUCAGGCACCGUUCGUGUCGGUGGAUGCAGUACAACACAUGUACCGACCAAGGCACUCCGAGAGCACAUGGCAUUGGUGCCGCAGGAAGCGAUGCUUUUUCACGGAAGCAUCGAAUUCAACGUUGCCCUGGGGCUCGCGGACCCACUCUCUGUCGAGGCUGUCAUAGAGGAAACGCAUGCACACCGCCAAAGGCAACAGACACUAUCGCACGCUUGUCACAUGGGCUCACAUCAGCAUGCAUCUACGAAGGCUCGUGUCACGAAACCAGAUGAACGCAUUCUAGCGGCUUGUCAGGCUGCCAAGAUUCAUGACGCCAUUGCCGCUCUGCCCGAUCAGUACCGCACGAAUAUCGGAUCAGGAGGUAGUCAAUUGAGUGGCGGGCAGAAGCAGCGUGUUUCUAUCGCUCGUGCCCUUGUCCGUGCACCACGCCUACUCUUGCUGGAUGAGUCGACAUCUGCGAUGGAUGCAAGCAGCGAGAAGGCAUUCCAAGAGACACUCAGUAAGCUACAUUCGUCGCGCUCGUGCACCAUUGUGGCCAUUGCACAUCGUAUGCGUACGAUUCGUACGGCUGACGUGAUCUUUUUGUUUGACCAGGGCCGAAUUGUCGCUCGUGGGACGCAUGACGAGCUGAUCAAGACGUGUUCGCGUUACCAAGCUAUGAUUUCACACCAGUCGCUGAGUGCGUAG